AUGACAUCGGUGGACCAUGGCCGUUACAUAGGAGCUCGUGAGAGCACAAAGGUAACAGCAUUCCACAACGUCAACGAGCCAGCCUUGCGCCGACAUUCCCGGAAGGAGACCUCACGAGAUCCAUUCGACGGCAAAGAAUACAAUCCUCUACGACCACGUACGAAUAUCUGCCAGCUACAACAUAAUAACACCACCACAAUGCCAUCCUCAACCACCGCCAUGCUCUCCCUCCUCGCCUUCGCCUUCUCAGCGAACGCCGCCCUCCAAAACGCCAUCAUAAUCGUCUCCGCCUCCCACGGCGGCGCCGGCCAAGACAUAACAAACACCACCAUCACUGUCCCAAUGUCCCAAACCUACACCAACCCCAAAGUCCUCGACGAAGUCAGCACCCUCUACAUCGCCAACAGCACCGGCGUCCCCGCCGCCAGCGUCACCUGCACGCCCUACCGAAACCCCGACGGCACGGGAGAUGCGGGGUUGGCGUUCACAGUGGAGGAUCCGAGCGAGUUGAGCACGAACACGGUGCAGGUGGGGAGCAUUGUGUGUAUAACGACAGACAUCUCUCUCGCGCCGCCGAGUGGGCCGCCCGGGGGCCCGGUGCCGUUGAGCUCGAGUAGUGCGGUCGCGAGCAGUAUUUUGACCAAGACGUUGAGCUCGAAGCAUGCGACGAAGACAACUGGAGGAGGGGGAGGUGCUGUGACGAGUACAUCGGUCAAGACGAGGAGUGCGGGUGGGACGGCGGAGACGAGCGAGUCGACGGUCACCAGCAUGGUGUCGGCGAGUGGAAGUCCUUCGAGAGCAACGGGUGCGGCGGGAGGAGCUUCGAAUACCGCGUCGGCGUCGACGUCGUCGACUUCGGGGAAUGCAGCGAGUGGGAUCGGGCUGGGAAGUGAGUUUUACGGUGGGCUGGCAUUGGCUGGGUUCGGGUUGGCAUUUGUGUUAUGA